AUGGCACCGCAUCGACAGAAUGCUGCUACAAUCAAGGCGAAAGGAUCGACCCACCGCAAUGCAGAUGAGGAAGCACUUCAAGCUGCACUUGAAGAGUCACUUGAAUCGGACUUUAUGGUUGAAAUAUUACAGUCAGAAGACCAUCAACGACGGCAGCAACACGAAGAGGAUGAUACAAAUCGAUUGGAGCUUCGAAUGGGUUCAAAUGGGCAAGAAAUGGAGCAGAAACAACAAGAAGAAGACAGUGAAGUCGACGAGGAAGACCAAGACGAGUCUAGGCCUUAUGCACGUGCUUUUAAUGCCGUAGCAACAGGAAAAGACGAUGAGAAGGAGGAGGAAGAAGAAAAAGAUCCGAACGACGAUCAUAAAUUGCUAAACUUUGCCGAUUGUUUGCUUAUUGACAUUCUCAAGUGGCUGGACGAAGAUACUGUUGGUGCGUGCUUAUGCACGUGCAAAAGACUGCUACAUGUGGCUCAAUCAGAGAUGAUUUUUGAAGCACUAUGUCGACGUAUCUUCCUGGUGCAGAAUCCAAGAGCUGCGGCAGCGGCUGCACGCAACAAGUUUGGACUGCGUCGCUUCUCAACGUGGUUUGACAUGUUCCAUGACAGACCACGAGUGCGAUAUAAUGGAUUUUAUUGGCUCAAGGUGUCAUACUACAAGAAGCCAGAGCUGAGCAUGUGGACGGAUGUUUUGCCAGGCACGAUCCUUAAGUGCGUUUAUUACCGCUACUUUUCGUUUCAAAGGGAUGGCACCGUGCUGUAUGGCAUGCUUUUCAAAGCACCGCAUGAAGUCGAGUCUUACAUUCGCAACCGACGCAAGGGCGUCUACCGGGGCACAUUUUACGUCGACAAAGAUGCGGUAGUGGUAAUGGUGCCUACCAACUGCAAUGAAGUUAACUUUAGACUGAAAAUCACCCAACGUGAGCGCGGUAAAAACGUAAAGCUGGUGUUGAAAGAGCACUUUGCUAACUCAGAGCCCAACGGCAGCGGUUGGUUCAACUACUAUGAUACAGCGGACGAGGAGUUUUACUACUACCGUUCAUGGAAUCUGUGA